GCGGCGGGUGCCGCUAGUCGGCGGAAGAUGGCGGAGGGCGGAGACGGCGGCGAGUCCGGCGAGCAAGACCGGAGGUCUUCAGUGCCGCGGCCCCCGAGCGCGCGGGAUCUGCAGUUGGCCUUGGCAGAAUUGUAUGAAGAUGAAGUGAAAUGCAAAUCUUCCAAGUCCGAUAGACCUAAAACCACAGUCUUUAAGAGCCCACGAACACCACCUCAACGGUUUUAUUCAAGUGAAAAUGAAUACAGUGGAUUACAUAUAGUUCGACCUUCAACUGGGAGAAUUGUGAAUGAACUUUUUAAAGAGGCAAGGGAACAUGGGGCUGUUCCUCUGAAUGAAGCCACAAGAGCUUCAGGUGAUGACAAAUCUAAGUCAUUUACAGGUGGAGGAUACAGAUUGGGUAAUUCCUUUUGUAAGCGGUCUGAAUAUAUCUAUGGAGAAAAUCAGCUGCAAGAUGUUCAGAUUUUGCUUAAACUGUGGAGCAAUGGUUUCAGUUUAGAUGAUGGAGAAUUGAGACCUUACAGUGACCCAACAAAUGCUCAAUUUCUGGAAUCUGUUAAAAGAGGAGAGAUUCCCCUGGAGCUUCAGCGGCUGGUCCAUGGUGGGCACGUGAAUUUGGACAUGGAGGAUCAUCAGGACCAAGAAUACGUAAAGCCCAGGCUGAGGUUCAAGGCUUUCAGUGGAGAAGGGCAGAAACUGGGAAGCCUUACGCCUGAAAUAGUGAGCACACCUUCCUCCCCAGAAGAGGAGGAUAAAUCAAUAUUUAAUGCCGUUGUUCUCAUUGAUGAUUCAGUGCCAACAACAAAAAUUCAAAUCCGGUUAGCAGAUGGAUGUCGUUUGAUUCAAAGAUUUAAUAGUACACACAGGAUCCUGGAUGUCCGGAACUUUAUUGUACAGUCCCGUCCUGAAUUUGCAAAUCUUGACUUUGUUCUUGUGACUUCCUUUCCAAAUAAAGAGCUAACAGACGAAAGCUUAACACUACAGGAAGCAGAUAUUCUUAAUACUGUGAUACUUCAGCAACUAAAAUAACGUUGCUCUUACAUGCAAUAGAUAAUGUGCCAUAUUUAUAGGAAAAUACUUCCAGUAUCAAAAACAACCAGGUUAUUUUUUAUUGUUUUUACAGAUAAAUUUUGACCACCUACAUUCCAUGGCUUGUGGCCGCCUCCUUCCAUCUCAAAAGCCAGCACCCUGCAUCUCUCAGACCCUUCUUCUGUGAUCACCUCUCUCUGACAACAACCAGAAAAGGACUCCUGAUUAAAUUGGGCCCACUGCAUAAUCUAGGAUUAUCUCCCUAUCUUAAUAUCUAUAGUAGCAUUAAUCACCUCUGCCGAGUCCCUUUUGCCAUUAGGGCCACAUAGAGGUUUGAAGAUCAGGACAUGUACAUUUUAGGGGGGACAUCAUUGUGCCUGACUACCACAGUCCACCCCGUCCCAAAGAUUCAUACCCAAUAAAGGUGCUCAGAAAUCUCAACCCAUUAUACGAUCAACUCAAAGUUCAAAAUCUUAUCAGAAGUUCACCAACUCAAAAGUCUCAAAUGUCAUCAUUUUAAUCAUACAAAUUUAAGUGGGGGAGACAAUCUGGGUAUGAUUCCUAGGGCAUAAUUCCUCUCUGUGGAGCUAGAAAACAAGUUAUCUACUCCCAAAUACGGCAGGACAAGCAUAAAAUAACUGUUCAAAAAGCAGAAAAUGGAAUGGAAAAAAAGAGCCACCAGCACUAUUUUACAAAUUCAGCCAGUCACACUCAGCUAGGUAGUAAGGCCUGGCAUUGACUUCCUUGCCUCCUAACUCUGUUUUUUGGGCUUGUAACUCCAUCUCAGAGUCAUCCUGACGUUUUGCAGAGUAGGCACAUGGUUGCAGCUAAGAAGUUUUAUCAGCUUGUUUCUUUUUUCAUUCCCUUUUACGCCUUGCAGUUAAAGAUGGCAGUGUUCUGUGGGUCUAAAUGUUGUCAAGGAACUGGUAAAUUGCCUGUGUAUGUCAUGGGGAUUCCUUCCAUCCAGGAGGCUCUCCUAUCUUUCCUGGAUAAUCAUAUCUCCAUUUUUUAUUAUACUUUUUCUGAACUAGCUGGGAGAAUCUAUGAUUCUUGUCCUUAGUCUCUUCAAGGAGCCUUUUGUGUGACUGAAUUAUCCGACCUUUUGAUCUUUCUGAGGUAUUGACAAAAGGUUGUGCAGCCAUAUCCUUGUCUGUUUCUGUAAAGCAGGCAUUCUUGUCAGUGAAUUUCUUAAUUUUUAGUGUCUUUUACCAUUUGAAUAGGCUGAGAAUUUCCCAAAUCGUCAAGUCCUGUUGUCUUUAUUUUUAACAUUUUUUUCUUAGCUGUCUCUUUCACAUUUUACUGUAAUAAGGCAGGCUGUACCUUCCACCGUUUGCUCGGAACUAUCCUCAGCUAAAUAUUAAGUUUAUGACUUAGAAAUUUUGCUUGCCACGCGCAGGGUACAAUUCAGUUCAACUUUCUCUCACAGUUCAACAAGGGUCUCUUUCCUCCAGUUUUCCAAUAAUGCAUUUCUCAUUUUCUUAUAAGCCUUCGACAGCUGAACCUUUAACGUUAUUUCCACCGACAGUCUGUGGUGAUCUAAGUCUUCUCUCGGCAGUUUUGGUAUCCUCUGUCACGCUCCAUCCAGCCCUCGCUGGCGCUCGCAUUCCAUGUUUCUGUGAACAGUCUGGCUGGGGUUUUUCUGUCAUUCCGCCCUCAGACGUCUCCCAGCUUCUACCCAGUGCCACUUCCAGAGCCAUUUCUAGGUAUUUAUUACAGCAACACCCUACUGCCAGGUAUCUAGAAAAGUCUUGUUUACCUUCUCAUGAAUUUACCGACAGGACAUUUGGACUCCACCUCUCUCUGGGGUCACUGGUUAUUUCAUAGAGGAUUUUGAAUAUUGAGAAUGCUGCUGGAACUACUAAGGAUCAAAGUGUUGAUCCAACCUCUUUGGAGAAGAAUUUUUAUCAGUGUCAUAAUAGAAAGAUUAUCCCUAGGUCUUCCCCUCAGGAAGCCCCUAGCAUUUCCACUUAUUGAUAAUUUGGAUAAUGUAUAAAAGCUCCGAUAGAAAGAUUGCCGGGGAAAACUACCUUUUCAUGGGGCAAAAUCAUCUUCCUAAAGAAAUGAUUUCUUGAUAGAAAUAAACAUAGAAAUAAACAUUUUAAAUAAAAGGGCAUUGUCCUGUUUUGGAUUAACAAAACAGGAAAAAAAUUAACCAAACAUAAAAUUAUUUGAAAUUUUCUUGUUUUUAUCAAGCAAAUGGAGUGCCUACAGAUGCACAUGCAAAAACGACUGCCAUUUUUGUAUAGAAUAGUCUUCCAAAAUACAGAUUUAUGUACAAAAACAACUGCCAGUCUUGUAUAGAAUCAUCUUCGGAAAUAGAUUUACAUUAGAGAGAAUCCCAAGAGGGAGACACAGUACUUUUGUACUUGCUACAGUGUUUUGCUUCAUUGAGAGUCCUUUUCCUGAAUUAUUUUUACUACUGUAGUCACUAUAACUGUUAAAACGUAUAAUUUAUAAUCAUCUCAAAAAAGGUUGUUGCAGUCUGCAGUUAGACAACCAUGUGUGAAGUCAGUCAUUUUGCAUGAUGUACGUAAUGAAGUUUGAAGUGUCUGCCAAUAAAGAAUGUUU